GUCGGUGACGCAGGUGUGCGGCCGCACAGCCAACCUCCGCGGGAGCCCGGGCAAGGGCCCAGAGGCGGCCCAGCGCCGCGCGCCACGCCGUGCGCCCCAUGCCCAGCGCCCCCAGCGUCUCCAGCCACAGGUAGAGGCGCUCUGAUUUUGGGGAGCACAAGCCAACCUUCAUACCGGUCUCUGUCUUUAAAAGCUCCCCCUGCCUUCUGGAGCUUCUCCCGAGUCUGAGCUCUCUGUGGCCUCCAGGUCACCACCUGUUGUAGGAUCCUGGUCUUGAGCACUAGUGGAGGAACCUGAAGUGGAAGGCCACCUCUCAAAACCCACCUCAGGCCACCCUUUCAUCAGCAUUCUCGUCAGACUCCCUCCAUCUCAUGAUUUCUAAAGUAGUAAUAAAACUUCGUCAUCUUGGUGAGAAGAUCAUUCUAGUAGCGCUAUCCUGUCACGUGGAGGCGUAGAGACCGCCUAGGAAGCCACUGUUUGCCUUAUCUGUACUCGGCUAAGACACCAGCACCAGCUGCACCUGGCCAGGAGUCUAGUUUCCUUGUGGGAAGUCUCGUGGAUUUGACCUGGCUGCUGCACCCCCAGGCAGGGACAUGGCUGCAGGGGACAUGGCCUCGACCCGGCUGGGGGCCGGGAGGCAGCACCUCCGUCCACUGAAGAGGAGGGGCUUGGUGCUGCUGAGACUCACGGCCAUCGUCUUUGCUGUGCUUCUCUUUUGUGAAUUUCUAAUCUAUUACCUAGUGAUCUUCCGGUGCAGUUGGCCUGCAGUGAAAACUCCUGCGGAUGCCGGUGGACUCGGGACCCCUGAGCCUGUGCUCAGGGUCAUGUUCUUGGCUGACAGCCACCUGCUCGGGGCUGUGAGAGGCCACUGGCUGGACAAAUUACGGAGGGAGUGGCAGAUGGAGCGAGCCUUCCAGACGGCCCUGUGGCUGCUGCAGCCCGAAGUCGUCUUCAUCCUGGGAGACAUCUUCGACGAAGGGAAGUGGAGCUCCUCCCAGGUCUCAUUGGGCCCUAACCCCCCGUCCAGCCUCAGGGAGUGUGACCCCGCAGGAGCUGCUGGUCCUCAUCCUGGGGGGACACACAGUGUACUUGACGUUUCUGCAGAGCCCGUUCUUAGGACAUGCCCAGAUCUGCGGGCAUCCUCACUCAGCCUGGGGUCCGUGCGUGGCCGUCAGGCCUGGGCGGACGACGUAGGGCGCUUCUGGAAGAUCUUCCGACACCCGCCCCAUGUGCAGUUGAGGGCCGUGGCUGGCAACCAUGACAUCGGCUUCCAUUACCAGAUGAACACAUACAAAAUAAAACGAUUUGAGAAAGUUUUCAACCCUGAAAGGCUGUUUUCUUGGAAAGGAAUUAACUUCUGUGUCCCAGGGACACAGUCGCCAGCGGACUGCACAGGUGGCCCAUGGCUGAUCUCCUGCCCUUGCCUCAGUUUCGUGAUGGUUAACAGCGUCGCACUGGAAGGGGACGGCUGUGACAUCUGCUCUGGAGCAGAGGCUGAGCUCCUGGAAAUCUCUCACCGGCUGAACUGCUCCCGGGAGCAGGAGCAUCGCCCCCAAGAGUGUGGAGACGGGCAGCGGCUGCCGGCCUCGGCCCCCAUCCUCCUGCAGCACUUCCCGCUUUACCGGAGAAAUGACGCCAACUGCUCCGGGGAGGACGCGGCACCCCCCGACGAGAAGUACACCCCCUUCAAGGAGCGCUAUGAUGUGCUCUCCCAGGAGGCCUCGAGGAAGCUGCUGUGGUGGCUCCGGCCGCGCCUGGUCCUCAGUGGCCACACGCACAGCGCCUGCGAGGUCCUGCACGGGGCCGGCGUCCUGGAGGUCAGCGUGCCAUCUUUCAGUUGGAGGAACAGAAACAACCCCAGUUUCAUCAUGGGCAGCAUCACGCCCACAGAGUACGCCCUUGCCAAGUGCUACCUGCCCUGCGAGGACACGGUUCUGACCACGUACUGCACGGCGGCCGGGGGCCUAGUGCUCCUCACGUUAGUCCACGCUGGGCUUGUAGCCUCACCUUUUCAUUUCGGUUGGAACAUGCUCAGAAAAUUUAAGACCACGUGAGUAGCAGGAGACGUUCUGCACUUAGUAGUAAGUCCCGAAGCCAACGAAACUGAACUUUAGGCAGUGCUUACGGAGGGCGAGACCAAAGUGGGCCAUGGGCACAGCUCAUAGGAUCUGGGUUGCUGGUGCAGAGUCCUGCAGAAUCAAUAGUUGAUUGUGCUGUUCUCACGCUGCAAAAAUGGGACUUGUCUCUACAGCAGGUCUGUCUUCUCGUUUUAUCAAAUAUAUGUGUAAUCAAAGAUUGUAUAUGUACAGUGUGUAAAAGCUAUGAAUGUCAUCACUUGCAUGCACUAGACAGCCUUCCUUCCCCAAGACGGAGGGUUAGCUGUUCACAAAUGCUGGGUUUGCUUCUGUCCUCCUAUGAGUAGUUCUCAAGUUCUUAUAUUUUAUAAAGCUGUAUACUUAAAAUAAAAUACAGAUGCUACAAGCAGGAAUACAUUGUUCUCAAGACUUCUGUAUUUCUGUGCUAAAUUAAUGGAAUCAGAUUUUUAUUAAUUUAUUUUUUUUGGCCGUGCCACGUGGCAUGCAGGAUCUUAGUUCCCUGACCAGGGAUCAAACUCGUGCCCCCUGCAGUGGAAGCACAGAGUCUUGACCACUGUACCGCCAGGGAAGUCCCUGGAAUCAGAUUUUUAGAUGAGUGUAAUUUUCUCUCCAGCAGACCAAGUUGUUAAAUUUGAAUUGAAUGCCUGUCAGUGAUCAAAAGAAACUUGAAAAAUGGACAAGGAAGAGGCUUUUGGUAUUUGAAAAUAAAUAUGCCGUGGUAAUUUUAAACCGGAUAAAAUGUAUUCUUUUUGUGUUUUUUUCCAUAAGAGUCUGGCUCUUCAAUCAGACUUUUAAAUAGGAAGUUUAGUUACAGCGGAAUUGUUGAAUAAUAAUGCAUGUAAAAAUAUACAACUUCAUUUUUUUUGGGUGUAUGUGUGGGGCUGUAGCUCUUCAGAUUUUCAUGUUUUACUUUGAAAAUGCAAUGGAAACUGAAAAUCAUUUCCACUUCAUAUGUCUCAGUUCAACUGAGGGUUUUAUGAAAUAAUCAAGGAUGACAGGAACAGGAAUUCGAUGAUAAUGAAAUAAAAAAAAAUGUGAUGGUGCAUUGUCUGUAAAGUUGUCAUCCUUUAUUUCAUGGAAGAGCAGUAUUUAAAUGUGGAUGAGUUUACAAAGGAUUAUAAGAUGCUGCUUUAAAGAGUAAACUUAAAAAUAUUAAAGACUAAAAGACGAAACGGAAGUUAAUGCAGUAACGCAGGCUAGGCUGCCCCGUCUCUGCAUUUGUGUCAUUGAAAUAUAACCUUGGACAAUUUAAAAGAUUGUCUUUGACCUGAGAAAACCGCCCUCAAGGCCAUGGAUAGACAGAGAACGGCUUUCGAGGUCUUGAGCUGGAUGUAACUCACGAGGCUGCAUUUGCAAGUCUUUCAAGGUUGAGAAAUAGCCAUGUAUUUUGACUUUGUAUUUCAAAUAAAGGUUUUGUAAUGUUUCUUCUUCAAAAGGCAAAUCACGUUCUAUCCUUUGAUUCUCCAAGGCCAGACACAAGCCUGGAACCCUUGUCUUUUUCUCGCUCUUUGUUUACGAUGAGACCUGUGGUCAAGUAAGUGGUUCAAAAACUUUGACUAAGGGAAUGGGUGACCUUGGAAAAGUCUUUAAAUUGCCAGAUAAUUGAGAAACAUGUUUUCUGGAGAGAAAAAAUCCUUGGUUCCCUGAAAGAAGCUUGUGAUGUGGGUGUGGC